AUGACUGCCGACGACGAUUCGUCUGACCUUUCGUCUUUGUCGUCGCUAUCUCCAGUGCCGUCGGAUGUUGAGCUGGAUGACAACAGCGAUGACGCGACGACAAAGACCAAGUCGGGCAUCCUAAAGUUCUUCCCGAAGCUAUCAGAACAGCCUCCCAAGGAACCGUCGCCGCCACCACGAAAACGGUCGCCCUCGCCUCCACACGAAUAUGUGCUGGCAGAUAAUCCCGACAUCGCGUUCAUCGUCAUGUUCAGAAGUCGAUUCAGCGACGCGUUUCCAAAGUCACUAGCUCAUUUUGGGCCACAAGAGCUCGAACGUGAUGUAGUCGAAGCUAUCCCGGGCGACCGAGUGGAACACUUUCUUUGUGCAGUUUUGGGAUUGCUUUUGAACCGGAAGCAGGACGUCAAACUUGGCCAUUACGGCAGGGCGUUGGAAGAUGCGAUCACGUCGCACAAGAAUCAAUGGCCAGCUUCUUGGGAGGAUAAGAAUCCGUUGUCGGGUGGCGCAUCAUUCAACUCCAUGACGCCAACGGAACGACUCACAUUAUUGCGAACACUGAUCUUAUGGUCGAUGGCAUCAUCUGACACCGUCAAAGGAGUGAUCAAUCAGGCAUACAAGCAGAACCGCCAGGAAGACGACUUGAAUCAGCCAAGGUCGGUACAACCGUGGGGAUCGGACGGAGACAAACGACGAUACUUCUUGGUCGAAGGACAGGACGACACAAACUUCCGGAUAUACCGCGAGAGCAAUCCCGCAGGAACAAACAGAACUUGGUUCAGUGUUGCCGGCUCGAUUGAAGAGUUGAAAGCUCUUGCCCAGAAGCUUGAAACUAGGGACGGGGGCCCGAAGGCGAAGAAACUAAGCCAAAAGAUGUUGCAAGUCAUUCCUCGAUUUGAGGCUGGUGAAGAGAAACGCAAGCGCCGGGAAUAUCGUCAGAUGCGAAAGGAGCAGUUCAAACGGCCAGAGCCGGGUUUCUCCAUGUACGAGGGCCGUACAAGGGGCAAACGUAUCAAGUACACGUACUCGGAUGAUGAGGAUGUUUUCUAUUCCGACUCUACUGGGUACAGGCGAUCAGCUCGCAAUACCGGUGCUAAUACACCAGCCGAGACUGGGCCAGUCACAACGUCGAGCGGAAGGCAGAUUCGGGCGCCCCCGCGCCUCAAUAUGGUUGCGGGUGAGAGUGCACCUGGAAGUGUCCACGGUGAUCAUUCGGAGAUGGAACACGAUGAUUCAUUGGGCCCUUCCGGGCGACCUAGACGCUCAGCAGCUCAUCAGGGUGCAAAUGGCUGGUCUGAACAUCAGUCUAGACAAGGCGGUAGUGACGAGGAGAGCGAGGCUGGGUUUGGAGACGAUGAAGACGACGCUCACGUACCCGAAGAGUCCGAGGACGAAGAUGAAUUUGACGAGGAGGAAGCCAUGGUCGAAGAUGACAUUGACGAUCAACCCCAGAGCUUAGUUGUGAAGCUCUCAGUCACACCACCCAAACUGCGGACAGUGUUAUCCCCGAUCGACCAAGGUCCCAACAUGCUGCCCACUCCAGACGCGCAAGAUUGGAAGGUCGAAGCGCCUGUACCGGAAUCUCAAACUAUUGAGAUGCAAGAUGCACCAGCACCGGCACCCGUCACAGCGCCGGAGACCAACUCGAUGCCACCUGAGCAGACAAAUAGAGAGAAAACACCUCAACCGCAGAUAAAUACACCGCAGACUCACACAAGCCCAGCUGAUAUUGCAGACAAGGUAGCCGGCAUUGACGCUCCGACCCUGUCUGCCAUUCCCGCCACGAACCUGGCCUUUCGGGGUAGUCCAGAAAAGCCACAUGCUCAACUAGCAUCGCCAUCUGAGGAUGUCAAUGGUACAAAUUAA